GUUUUGCCUGACGAGCCGCCCCGACCCAGACGACCUGCGGAUCAGUGGCCGGACAGUGCAGCUCAUCCAAGAAGGAGCGCGCGCUCGAGUGGACGGGAACGCCGCUCUGGAGAAAGAGAUGCACAAAGCUGCGCGAGAAUCUGCUCGAGAAGAUAAAUCUAAGUGGCUGGAAGAUUUGGUGGCGACUGGCUCCUGGAACGAUAUCCGGAGGUUCCGAAAGCCUCGCCCCGCCAAGCAGGGGCGGCCCCGGAACUUGCAAGGAGAAUUAGUCUGCAGCGAAGACCGAGCAUAUACCAUGGCAACGUACCUCGAGACGGUGCAGCGGGGCGUGCGUCCAGCCGACGCUGUCGACGCACCCGCCCUUGGACCUGCGUUUCCGGUCAACUUCGCCAACUUCACAGAUGACGAG